CUGGUCAGGGCUCCACGGCCCUGCACACUGGGGGACCUGGGUCCCGGGACGCUGGAGCCUCCGGGUGGGAAUGGGGGCCAGGCAGGCCUCGGGUCCACCUCCUUGCGGCCCUCAGAUCCCCACCACGUCUGGCCCAUCAGCCUGCUGCCUACUUUUCCGGAAGCCCGAGGCCCACGAAUGGACCAUCCCUGGGGACUCAGCUCGGUGGACAACUCCCCACCCCAGGCCAGCAGCGCCCACCGGUCUACAGGCCUGACCCUUGGCCCAGAUGUGGCCAGACCUGCCUGGCUCCAUCGGCCCCAGUCAAAGUGGCCAUGCUGGCCGCUGAGGGGUUGGUGGAGGCCGUGGAGGCCCAGAGUCCCGUCAAUCCUCAGCACUGGGCUCUAGGCCCACCCUGAGCAGGUCACCUGGCUGCCCCUCACCAGAGGCCCCUGGCCCACUUGGCAGAUGGCAGCAGAGACCCACCCAGCCUCGAGCCUGCCUGCAAACAAGGCCAGGCGUGGCCUGAACACCAUGUCCCCUGCUGUCCCUGCCCCACCGCCCAGGCUCAGCUCUGGCCAUGACAAGACACACCCGCGGAGGCCGCCUGGUGCCCUGCCGGUCAUCACAGGGGAGGGCCGCAGCGUCGGUCCCAAGUAUGGACCAGCUUCUGAUGGGGCCUCUCUUGGGCAUCAGCAGGCCGGGCUGGGCCACUGGAGGCUGAGGGACGCGACGGUCCCGGGAGUUCCCAGGGACAGAGAAUGGAAGUCGAUGGCAUGGCCCCGGGUGGGGACACCUGGGUGGGGUCAGACCGGACGGUGGGCUGGGACCCCACUGAGGCUCGCUUCUGGGAUUCAGGCUGGAGCCAUGGCCCAAGCAGCUGGUGGGGGGCCGGGGACCCGAACGUGCCCCCAGCUGCCGCCAUCGCCACCACCGCCCCCGCCCGAGGAGGAGCGUGGGGAGAGGCUGGUGGAGCUGCGCGCCUCGUUGAGGGAGCUGGUCGCCACCUUCUGCACCAACGGCACCAUCCACGGCGCCAUCCGCCUUGUGUGCUCCAGCCAGAACCACCUCAAGACUGCAUCCUGGGGGCUGCGGCUCGCGCGGGCCCUGGGCGUGAUCUGCUGGCAGCUCGGACUCCUCUUCAGGCAGUACUGGCGCUACCCGGUCAUCAUGACGGUGUCCGUACACUCGGAGCGCAGCACACGCAAGCUCUUCCUGUCGGUCACCCUGUGCGACAUGAACCCGCACCGGCCACACCCAGCCCGCCGCCCCCUGCGGGCGCUGGACAACUUUGCCCGGCAGAACAUCUACUCCCUGUGUGGGUUCAACUUCAGCGACAGCGUGGACGCCCCAGGGGCCAAGGCCCCGGGCCCCGAGCCCACCUUCCAGCUGGACCGCGGGAUCCACCUCCAAGGUGCCGCCCAGUGUAACAGCGCCGGAGGCGACUGCACCCAGCAGGCCUACUCCUCUGGCGUGGUGGCCGCCCGGGAGUGGUACCGCUUGCACCGCGUGAACGUUCUGGGCCUGCUGCCCACGAGGACGGCCACCACAGCCGCGGCAGACACUGUCUUCUCCUGCCGCUACGACGGCCAGGACCGCCAGGCCGUGAGUGCAGGCAGGUGGCUGCUCGCCCCGCCACGCCCCAUGCAGUGGUCUGCCGGCCCCACGGCUCCCUCCAGAGAUAAGGCAGCUGUGGUCCCCUCCCUGCAACCCCGGGGCUGCACACAACAGGGUGAUGGGUCAGGGGUAUGUGCGGGUCUGAGCGUGGCCCCUGGUUCCAGACACUUCCAGACCUCGCACCACCCCAGCUACGGCAGCUGCUACACCUUCAACGGUGUCUGGGCCGCGCAGCACCCUGGCAUCACCCACGCUGAGUGCCAGCCUGGGCUGGGUGUGGGCGGGGUGUCCAGGCCGGCCUGGCCUCACCCCCGGCCUCCCCCAGGGGUCAGCCUGGCCCUCGGGGCAAAGCAGCAGGAUCAUCUUCUUCUGCUGCCCACGGAGGCCGGCAUCAAAGUCGUGAUCCACACGCGUGACCACACGCCCUUCCUGGAGCACCGGGGGCCUUCAGCAUCGGGCGGCAGAACUGAACCACACCCCCUCCCCCAGGACAAGGUGCACCGGCUCGGGAGCCCCUGUGGGCACUGCACAGACAGCACGGGGGGCGUGGACGUGCAGCUGCUGUACACCGCCUCCUGCACCAGGCAGGCCUGCCUGGUCUCCUGCUUCCAGCCGCUGAUGGUGGAGACCCGCUCCUGCGGCUGCUUCUUCUACCCCCUGCCUACGGGGGCCCAGCACUGCAACUCCAUGCGGCACCCGGCCUGGGGUCACUGCUUCCGCCGCCCCUGCAAGGACCUGGAGACCCACCGGCUUCCCUGCGCCUCCCGCUGCCCCCGGCCUUGCAGGGGAUCUUCGUGCAAGCUCUCCGCUGGGACCUCCAGCUGGCCUUCCUCCAAGUCAGCCGUGAGUCCCGGAAGCGGGGUGAGGCCUCAGGGGCAGGGAGCCCUCCCCGGACUGACCUCCCGCCCCAGGAGCAACCUGGCCAAGGUGAACAUCUUCUCUCAGGAGCUCAGCUACCGCACGGUGGACGAGGGCCCGCAACACCCGUAUGUGCCACAGCUGCUUUCAGCCACGGGCAGCCUCUGGAGCCCGUGGUCCGGCUCUUGUGUCCUCUCAGUCGUGGAGAUGCUGGAGCUGCUGCUGGACGCUGCGGCCCUCGCCCUGCUGCUGUGCUGCCGCCAGCUCCACGGGGCUCGGGGCCAGCCCAGGGCAGCCAUGGGGAUGCCCGCUCCGAGCCAGAGGCCGGCUGGUGGCCGGGUAGCUGCAGGCAUGACGUCGAACGCCCGGGGGCCCAGCUCCACCUCCCAUGAUGUUGCAGGGGCUCCGGCAGGGGUCUUGGCUGGAGGUCAGCCCGGUGUGGGCCCCGGAAACUCCUGA